UGGUGGCUUUGAAACACACACAAAGCUAAUUAGAUGGUUGCUCUCGUUUUGGAUCACCAUUCACACCGCCGAAUCAAAUGUCAGAUAGCGACUUUGAAAGUGACAACUGGAAGUAUAAACCUCUUAAAAGGACCAAACGGCAGGACUCAACUAAAUCGCAGAAUGUUCCUCAGCUUGGUGCGAAGAGGAGAAAAGUGGGGAAAAGCCGUGGUCGUGCUCGUAAAACGUCGGAAAAUGUGGCUGAAAGACAAAGUUGCAAGACAAGCACACAAGCAGUCCAGAAUUCAGACACUGUAAACACACGUUUGAAUAGUGGAUUAAAGCGGUCUACUGAGGCCGUUGAGCCAUCACUAGCGUCGGUAUCCGCAGUAAAUGUGGGAGAUAUUGGGACGUCUGAAGUGGUUAGGGAGGAAAGUUUAUCUGGGUCAGAAGAGUAUUGCCCAGUAUGCCAGAUGCCUUUCUCCAUCUUGGUGGUGCAGUCUAAGCGAUGGCAUGUGGCUGAAUGUUUGGACUUGGCUACAGAAAACCAAAAGGAAUGUCCAGAUGGCGUCCGGUGUUCCUCCUGUAUCCCGAGUCACUACCAGAGAUACAGCCACUCUCUGCUAGCACAGUGCAGAUCAGCCAGUAACUCUGACAGCUCCUCUUUCACCCAUAUUACCAUGGAAACCAGCGAUUCAUCUGUGGACAGUGCUGUGAAUGUGUGUUCAGGGGCCAGCCACAGUGCCUCCUCUGCUAAUGGACUGAAUGGAACUUCCAUUCCCACUCACACCAAUGCCCUGCUGCUCCUGCGGUCUCCUGACCCUGCAGACAUUAAGAAAAAGAAAGGCUGGUCCCCUUCCUCUAAAUCUCAGAGUGCAUCACAAGACACUAAAACUAAAACAUCAACUCCUCUUAAGCCAGAUCAUCUGAAUAUUGCUGUGGACACUGGUGGAAUUCACGAGGAGUCCUCCCAGGCUGUUACUGGUGAUGAUGGUGGGAUGGAUUGCUUCCAUCUUUCUGAUUUUCCCACCGACGCAGAAGUGAUAGGGACCAAAACCCAGAGCCCACUGUUUCACAGCACAGCCAGAAUGACAGGGGAAGGUAAUGUCGACCUUCCACUGAUGUGGUCUGAUCACACAGCGUUCAGUGACGACCUCCUGUCACAUUUCACGGACCAAUCAGACAACAGGAAAUGUAAUCUACUCGUUAAGAACCCUGAGGACAUGUGUGUGAAAUCAGAACCCUCCUCAGCAUCACCUGAUCACCUAAUCAGCCGCUCUUCAGAUGUUGCUGAUUGGCUGAACCAGCCCAGGUCUGCAGUCACAGAGGGUCUUUGUGCUGUGAGGUCUGAUGAGCACAGCUGUCACCCUCUCCUGCCGUCUCCAGAGAGUUUGGUUUUGGAGCGUCUUCGCGAACAAAUAUCUAACCCCAGAGUGGAUGGUUUGGAUUCCACAUGUGGAGAAUGUAGUCCAACUAAUGUGAAGCUUCCAGCACACCGUUCUUUAAACCAGACAUUCACUCGCCAACCUCCAGCAUCCAUGGCUCCGAGAAAGACUCCGAGCAAGACGCAGCACGCUGUCCUCAAGCAGACGGACAUUGGUGUCUUUUUUGGGCUGAAACCAUUGAUGGAAGCGGAAGCUGGAGGGGAAGGGAGUGUGUCGGUGAGUCCCUCGGCUCCGCAGAAGAGUCCAGGGCCUCAGGAGGGAAACACUAAGAGUUGGCUCCGGAAGAGAAGGAGAGAUCCUGCAGUCUGUGACAUGGCUACAGUUGGCAUCACAGCAACAGAUGGAAAUGCUGAACCCACACAAACUGAGGCCAGAGGAGGAGGGAGGAGAAGAUGGAACAGACGAGGAGUAACAGAUGGAGAAGCAGAGCAGCCCAAGUCCUGCCCUUUCUAUAAGAAAAUCCCUGGGACGCCGUUUGCUGUGGAUGCUUUUCGGUAUGGGCCGGUCGAAGGCAUCAAGGCCUAUUUCCUCACACACUUUCACUCGGAUCAUUAUGGAGGUCUGAGAAGGGACUCCACCUUUCCCAUCUACUGCAACAAAAUAACUGGGAAUCUGGUGAAAACCAAACUGAAGGUAGAUGAACAGUAUGUUCAUGUUCUUCCCAUGAAUACGGAGUGUGUUGUGGAAGGAGUGAAAGUCGUUCUUCUGGACGCAAACCAUUGUCCAGGAGCGGCCAUGUUGCUCUUCGUCCUGCCAGACGGCCAGACGGUGCUUCACACGGGGGACUUCCGCGCCGACCCUUUCAUGGAACGAUACCCAGAGCUGCUACGCGUGAGAGUCCAAACACUGUAUCUGGACACCACGUACUGUAACCCAGAGUACUGCUUUCCCACCCAGCAGGAGGUCAUAACCUUUGCUGCUAACACGGCCUUUGAGCAGGUCACGCUAUGCCCCCGCACGCUGGUGGUGUGUGGUACCUACUCUGUAGGGAAGGAGAAGGUUUUCCUGGCUGUUUCAGAGGUGUUGGGCUCUAAAGUGUAUCUGUCGAGGGAGAAAUACAACACCAUGCGCUGUCUGGAGUCAGAGCAAAUCUGCCAGCGAAUCACCACCAACAUGAAAGCUGCUCAGGUCCAUGUCCUGCCCAUGAUGCAGCUCAACUUCAGGAGUUUGCAGGCCCACUUAAAUAAACUCAUGGAUAAGUAUGACAGAGUGUUGGCCUUUAAACCCACGGGCUGGACCUUUGCCCAGGCCACAGCCGUGAGUGACAUCCAACCUCAAGUCCAGGGCAACGUCACUAUCUAUGGGGUCCCAUACAGUGAACACAGCAGUUUCCUGGAGUUGCAGCGUUUUGUGCAGUGGCUGAGGCCUGUGAAGAUCAUCCCCACAGUGAACGUGGGCAGCUGGAGCAGCAGGACGGCCAUGCAGCGCUGCUUCACACAGUGGCUGGCCGAGCGCCCCACCUGAGUGCGCCGCCUGGUCAUGCCUCUGCCUGUCAGCGUGUCCCUCAGACGGGCCCAGUGUGACCCUCAGACGGGCCCAGUGUGACCCUCAGACAGGCCGUGGGCCCAGCCCUCCUCCCCUCACACGCCC